AAAGCAGCUGAUAGUAUGAAGAAAGCUUUGGGUUUUAUUUGUCUUUUUCUUACUUGUUUGCUGCUUUAUGUAGUUCUUUGGAUUAACUUCUCUGAACAGUGGAAUGGAACUAAAAGAAAAGUGGUGGGGUCAAAAAUUUUUUGGAGAGAAACUUACGAGCAUACAGAUGAUCUUGCUCCAAUUAAUAAAUCUAUUAUAACUUCUGCACUGAAUUUAUCAUUGCCCAGAGUUACAAAUCUCUAUGACGCUGAAAACCUGUCUGUUGAGCGUGAAGACAACACAACGCCUAUUCCAAUUCUUUAUAAGACAAAUUUUACAAAAUUACCUGUGUGGGAUUUUGAAGAUGUUUAUUUGCAAGACCAUGACGCAAGAAAACCAAUCUGUUCAGACUCAAAGUCCAUUCACAACACCAAGGAUCCCAAGUUCAAGGAAGCUUUUCUUCCCAACAUUCAACUAUGGCUGUACAGAGGUCUACUCAACAUAACAGAAUGGAAUAGAUUAGCACACUUCAACAAUCCCUUCGGCUUUAUGGAGUACAAAUACGAUGAGAUAAGAGCAACAGUAGAUUUGAUACCAAAGCCCAAAUUUUUAAAAUUACUGCCUGUGCCCGAGAGUGCGAAGGAUGGUUGUAUUCGCUGUGCUGUUGUGGGCUUGAGUGGCAUUCUCAAUAACUCAAAAAUGGGCAAAGAGAUCGACUCUCAUGAUUAUGUGUUUCGGGUAAAUGGGGCACUUACUCAAGGUUAUGAGGAAGAUGUUGGAAAUAAAACAUCUGUCUAUGUGCACACAGCUUUUUCCUUAUAUUCCAGCUUACAUAAAUUCAAAAAGGUUGACCAUCAGAGACUUCUACAAAAUGAGAACACCAAACAUGUUAUGAUACCUGAGGGCUUGAGGGACUUCGAGUGGCUCCAAGGUCUACUACAGGGAAAAGAGGCCACAGGGCACUUUAAGGGUGUGAGGCCACUGGAACUCUUUAAAGGACAUUUUAAUGAGAGCAGAUUCUAUGUUCUUCACCCGGAUUUUCUUCGAUAUAUUCGCUACAGAUUUAUGUUAUCAGAGCAAACCCAACAGAAGAUCUGGGCACUGUACAGACCAACCAAUGGAGCAUUUGCUUUGUUCUUGGCUCUGCACACAUGUGAUAUUGUGGAUGUUUAUGGAUACAUUACAGAAGACCACAAGAAAUACUCCAACUAUUACUACGAAAAGUUAAAGUCUCGUGUAAUUUUCUAUAUAAAUCAUGAUUAUGGACUGGAGAUCAAGACCUGGAAGAAUCUGCAUGACGCUGGAAUUCUUAAACUCUACCAAGGAAAGGGAGACUUGAACAAUACAAAGACAUAGGGGUAUCUCCAUUCGACUGACAUUUUUUGGGAUUCAUGACACUGUAUUCAUGACCCUGAAAGCCUGUGUCCAGGUUACUAAAACAAAUGAGUACAAAUUAAAACAGAAGGAAAGAUAUGUGAUGGCAUUGUAUAGUUGUUUUAAUUUAUCUUUUUGGUGAUGUUUAUUUAUACUUUAUUAAGAUGUUGUAUUUGUUGGUGAAGAAUGGAAAAAGAAAAUAGUCCAGACUGUACUUCAAACUUGCGCCUUUAAUUUAAGCCUAUUGUAUUUGAAAUACAGGCACAUUACCAGUGGCGACUCAUCAGAAUCUAAAUAAAGAUAAACAUUUUUGAAUCACUUUC